ACUGCUCUCCAUUCACUAGUAUGCAGAUGAUCCUCAUCUGGAGGUGGGACGAGGGGAAUUCGACGUGUCUCUGAAAGCUCUUAAAAGCGCGUCUUUUUCCGUAUCUUCACUUCAACCGCCUUAAAAAACUUCACCUGCACUCACCGCUAGCCCCGCCUCCAGAGCCGAGCGCACUCCACCGGAGAAAGAUGCCUGGAAACUCAACACAAAACCCGGAUGUGCAGAGGUCCACUAAUGUGAUCUAUCAGGCCCAUCAUGUCAGUCGGAGUAAGAGAGGGCAGGUUGUUGGAUCAAGAGCCGGUUUCAGAGGAUGCACAGUCUGGCUCACAGGUUUGUCGGGGGCUGGCAAAACAACGGUGGGCUUUGCGUUAGAGGAGUAUCUGGUGUCCCACAGUAUUCCCUGCUACUCUCUGGAUGGGGAUAACAUCCGUCACGGCCUCAAUAAGAAUCUGGGCUUCAGUUCUGAGGAUCGCGAGGAGAAUGUCCGUCGUAUUGCAGAGGUGGCCAAACUGUUUGCAGAUGCAGGGUUGGUCUGCAUCACUAGUUUCAUCUCACCGUAUACCAAAGACCGCGCAGACGCCCGGCGCAUCAUUGAAAGUGCAGGCUUGCCUUUUUUCGAGGUGUUUGUCAAUGCUCCUCUGGAAGUCUGUGAGAGCAGAGACGUUAAAGGGCUUUACAAGAAAGCAAGAGCUGGAGAGAUUAAAGGCUUCACAGGUAUAGAUUCUCAGUAUGAGCAGCCAGAGGCUCCUGAACUGAUUCUGAAGACGGAAACGCUCACGGUGAAUGAGUGCAUCCAGCAGGUGGUGGACAUGCUGAAGGAGCAGAACAUCGUUCCCAGUGGAGUUGUUGAGGAGAUUAAUGAACUCUUUGUGCCUGAGAACAGACUCAAGCUGGCACAGGCAGAGGCCAGCACCCUUCCUGCUAUCAACAUCACAAAGUUGGACUUGCAGUGGGUGCAGGUGUUGGCUGAAGGUUGGGCUAGUCCUCUUAAAGGCUUUAUGACAGAGAGAGAAUACCUACAGGUUCUGCACUUCAAUAACCUCCUGGAUGGUGGUACCAUCAACCUCUCGAUACCCAUUGUUCUUCCUGUUGCGACGAAGAUUAAAGAACAUUUAAAUGGGAGUGUGGCUGUGGCUCUGGAGUACCAAGGAAAACGUGUCGCCAUAUUACGAAACCCAGAGUUCUUUCCACAUCGAAAGGAAGAACGAUGUGCUCGCCAAUGGGGAACAACCUGCCCCAAGCACCCAUACAUAAAGAUGGUAAUGGAAAGCGGCGAUUGGUUGGUAGGGGGUCAGCUGGAGGUGUUUGAGGGAAUCAGAUGGGACGAUGGGCUGGAUCAAUACCGCCUCACUCCACGGGAACUAAAUCAGAGAUUUAAGGACAUGAAAGCAGAUGCCGUGUUCGCCUUUCAGCUGAGAAACCCAGUCCACAAUGGCCAUGCUCUGCUGAUGACGGACACACGUCGCCGAUUAGAGGAACGUGGAUAUCAAAGGCCUGUGUUGCUUUUGCAUCCUUUGGGUGGCUGGACCAAAGAUGAUGAUGUGCCUCUGGACUGGAGGAUGAAACAGCAUGCAGCAGUGUUAGAGGAGGGCAUUCUAGACCCAGAAUCCACCAUCGUGGCCAUCUUUCCCUCACCCAUGAUGUAUGCCGGACCUACUGAAGUCCAGUGGCAUUGUCGUGCAAGGAUGAUAGCCGGUUCUAACUUCUACAUCGUGGGUCGUGAUCCUGCUGGAAUGCCACAUCCGGAGUCAGGGGAGGACCUGUAUGAUCCAUCUCAUGGGGGUAAAGUUUUGUCCAUGGCCCCUGGACUGACAUCUGUGGAAAUCAUCCCGUUUAGAGUGGCCGCUUACAAUACCACCAAGAGGGGAAUGGACUUCUAUGACAAAGACAGGCAUGCUGACUUUGAGUUUAUUUCCGGGACCAAGAUGCGCAAGAUGGCUCGCAGUGGAGAGAAUCCUCCUGAUGGCUUCAUGGCUCCAAAAGCCUGGAAGGUCCUGACUGACUAUUACAAUUCCCUGCAGAAACAGCAGUGAUGACAUAUAACCCAACCCAUCAGGACCACCAUAACAAUUAUUCCAACAUACUGAAAACCUAAGAAGUUCACAGUUUGGGAGUAAUAUGUGGUAAAGCUACACUUUAUGCCUGGCCAUCUAGGAACAGGUAGCAAAAGUGGUUAUGAUUUCCUGUGAAUAACUCAUUCAUGACAGGUAGUCGGUAAAUGUAGGUAGAUAUUUCUCAACUGUGAUAUUGUAACUAAUGUGCCUUAAACCGGACCAAGUGAUUGCCUAUCCUAAAGAGAUAAAAUUAUUAGAAAUGUGCCUUGUAUGCUUUUGAAGCUUGGGAAUGAGUUGGAAUCUAAAUGAACUCUUUAUAUCAGAGAAGUGUUCUAACGGUUUAAAAUAUAGCUAAAUACAGAAAGAAUUUCACUAUGUUGUAUGUAUCCAAAAGUACAAUAUAUUUGCAUAAAAUGUUUUAAAGAUUUAUUCCCCCAAAAGGGAUUGGAUUAUAUUGGGGAAAUUCUACUAUAUUUAUUGUUUUAAAUGUAUUGUGUUAAUACAAUGACAUCAGUUAUUAAAAUUGCUUUAUUUGACUGAUAA